CGAGCAGCUGUCCUACCUCCGCAAGAAGGGCCCGCUGCCCGGCCCGUCGCUCGUCGUGCCGUUCCUCGGCAGCGCCGUGCGCAUGAUCCGCGACCCCACGGGGUUCUGGGACGCGCAGGCGGCGCGGGCCAGGGAGUCCGGCGCCGGCCUCGCCGCGGACUUCCUGUUCGGCCGCUUCAUCGUCUUCGUCCGCGACUCGGAGUUGUCCCACCGCGUCUUCGCCAACGUCCGCCCCGACGCCUUCCACCUCAUCGGCCACCCCUUCGGCAAGCGCCUCUUCGGCGACCACAACCUCAUCUACAUGUUCGGCGAGGACCACAAGGACCUGCGCCGCCGGAUCACGCCCAACUUCACGCCGCGCGCGCUCUCCACCUACGCCGCCAUCCAGCAGCGCGUCAUCCUGGCCCACCUCCGGCGGUGGCUCGACCAGAGCGCCGCCACCGGCGAGGCCAUGCCGAUUCGGGUGCCCUGCCGCGACAUGAACCUGGAGACGUCGCAGACGGUGUUCGUCGGCUCCUACCUCUCCGAGAAGGCCAGGGAGCGGUUCGCCAAGGACUACGCCCUCUUCAACCUCGGCCUCAUGUCCGUCCCCGUCGACCUGCCCGGGUUCGCGUUCCGGCGCGCGAGGCUGGCCGUGGCGCGGCUCGUGCGCACGCUCGGGGAGUGCGCGCGGAAGAGCAAGGCGCGCAUGCGCGCCGGCGGCGAGCCGGAGUGCCUGGUGGACUACUGGAUGCAGGAGACGCUGCGGGAGAUGGACGAGGCCGCGGCGGCGGGGCGGCCGCCGCCGGCGCACACCGGCGACGAGGAGUUCGGGGGCUUCCUCUUCGAUUUCCUGUUCGCCGCCCAGGACGCGUCCACGUCCUCGCUCUGCUGGGCGGUCUCCGCGCUCGACUCCCACCCGGACGUGCUCGCCCGCGUGCGCGCCGAGGUGGCCGCGGCCUGGUCGCCGGAGUCGGGCAAGCCGAUCACCGCCGAGAAGAUCCAGGGGAUGAGGUACACCCAGGCGGUGGCGCGGGAGGUGGUCCGGCACCGGCCGCCGGCGACGCUGGUGCCUCACGUCGCCGGCGAGGCGUUCCAGCUGACGGAGUGGUACGCGGUGCCCAAGGGGGCCAUGGUGUUCCCGUCGGUGUACGAGUCGUCGUUCCAGGGGUUCGCCUCGCCGGACGCGUUCGACCCGGAGCGCUUCUUCUCGGAGGCGCGCCGGGAGGACGUGGCGUGCAAGCGCAACUUCCUGGCCUUCGGCGCCGGCGCGCACCAGUGCGUCGGCCAGCGGUACGCGCUGAACCACCUCGUGCUCUUCCUGGCGCUCUUCGUGUCCGUCGCCGACUUCCGGCGGGACGGCACGCCGGGGUGCGACGAGCCGGUGUACAUGCCGACCAUCGUGCCCAGGGACGGCUGCGCCGUGUACAUGGAGCAGCGCUGCCGCACGUUCCCAUCCUUCUGAGCUGGUCCGUCUUGGGUCCGUCCUCUUGUCCCCUUCGCCCUCUGCUCUCGCCCCUUCCUCUUUCAUGUCGAUGUGAUGAGUUGUUGUCCAGCGCGGGUUGGUCCAUUCAUCAGUUUAUUGUUUUGUUUGUCAUUGGUUUGCUGCUGGCCGGCGGGCCGCAUGCGUCAUGUGCUGAUUUUAUUGGGGUUAAAUUGGCCAUGUCUGAAAUCUGAAAUGGAAUUGCACGAUUUGACUAUUUUGCUUGACUGUUUCUAGUCUUGGUCUCCUGUUUGGAUAACUCAUCGGUACGACCAGUCUAAGCUUAGGUCACUUCGGUUUGCAUUUUUGUUGUUGAUGAAUACACAGUAACAGCAUGAGCAUCCUGCGAAUUAA